UAGAGUGGUUCGUUCGCAAUGGACAUCGAGCAAAAGCAAUCGGAGCUGAUCGACCAGUUCGUGAAGCAAGCCUCUUCUAAUUCCCCUAACUCUCCGGCGAUUGUUUCCGUCAUCGUCGAUGCCACCUCUCAUCCUUCGCUCUUCGCCUUCUCCGAGAUUCUCGCGCUCCCGAAUGUCCUUCAGCUUGAGGCCAGCGAGAAUUCAGCAUACCUUGACAUGCUUCGCUUGUUUGCCCAUGGAACGUGGAGUGACUACAAGAGUAAUGCUGAUCGUCUUCCAAAGUUGACACCUGACCAGAUCCUGAAGCUCAAGCAACUUACAGUUCUUACUCUGGCCGAGACAUUCAAGGUGCUGCCCUAUGACCAACUGAUGCAGGAGUUAGAUGUGACAAAUGUUCGUGAACUUGAAGAUUUUCUAAUAAAUGAAUGCAUGUAUGCGGGAAUAGUCAGAGGAAAGCUUGAUCAGUUACGACGAUGUUUUGAGGUUCAAUUUGCAGCAGGGAGGGAUUUGAGGCCUGGCCAACUGGGUAGUAUGAUACAUACGCUCUCUAACUGGCUGUCUACAUCAGAAAAUCUGCUUGUAUCAAUCCAAGAGAAGAUAAGAUGGGCUGAUAGUAUGAGUGAAGUUGACAAGAAGCACAGGAAAGAGGUGGAAGAGAAGGUGGAAGAAGUGAAGAAGUCUCUUUUCAAGAAGUUACACCCUGUAAGCAGGCCGACAUCGACUUCCGAGGCCAUGAGGAGAUCUGCUCUGAAUCUGGUGGAGUGAUGGAUUAUGAAGAAGAUCGAAUCCGGCCAAAGAGGAGACGGCAUCCAAUAUCAUGAAGAGUGUAGCUAGAUAAAGGGAGGUCAUUUGACAAGUGUUUAAGUAGCUUGGCAUCAAUUCAGAAAUAUCAGCUUUUGAGGAAAACAAGUAUAUCUAUUCAACUUGUCGAUGACAUAAAAAAGCCAAAUAGGGACAGAAAAAAUAGGGGGAAGUCGGUUAAUUUAGUCAGGGUUGUAUUUUGGGAACUCAUAUUCUUGAAAACCUUUGUUGAUCUUAAUUGAGUUGGCAAGAACAAGCUGAGAUAUGUUGGUGCGGCUUUUCCUUUUCUUUUUUCCCCCUCAACUAAAUAUUAUACUGUUUUCUGCUGUGGUGAAUAUACAUUUCAGAAGUUAUAUAUAUUCACAUUGUGGCCUGAUUUUCCGAUGGCCUCAAUGAUGGUAAAAGGAGCUCGUGGUUCCCAAUCUGAGAA